UCAUUAGUUCGAACAUAAACUAGAGGGAGAAUUUAGGAUUGCAAAUACAUUUAUAAAGAUGAGAUCGACAAGUGCUCUGGUUUAAACUAACAUUCAGUGUAAUAUAUACCAUUGUGUGAAAUUCAUCUCCAAGUAUAAAUGGAUAACUGUAAACACUUAAAUACUAUUAAGAAAUGGAACCAUUCAAUUUUGAAUCCUCAGAAGUGGAUGUGUUAUGUGUGUGGGACCACAGAGAGUGUAUGGGCCUGCCUUAGUUGUCCAAGUGUAGCCUGUGGGAGAUUUAAUGAGGAACAUGCCCUCAAACAUUUUCAAGAAACACAGCAUCCCCUUUGCCUUGAGGUCAAUGAGAAAUAUGUUUAUUGCUACCAGUGUGAUGACUAUGUCCUCAAUGACAAUGUGUCUGGCGAUCUGAAGGUGCUCAGAAGUGCCCUCAGUGCUAUAGCCACCCAGUCCUUCACAGACGUAGAGUCCCGGGGUAGGAGACUGCUCCGCUCAUACUCCCACACAGCUGUUGUCUCACCGUCAACAGCAGAUGAAGAUGACAAGAAUAUAACAGCAGAUUUCCAUAGAAAGCAGGUGUUGCUCAGAAAGUCUUUUUCUGCAUGGCGACAGCACACACAAGAGGAAAGGAUUCUCAGGAAGCAAAGGACGCCAACAAAACGGAAACGUGAGUUGUCCUUGACAUGGAGCCCCGUCAUCAAACGGAGGACAUUAAUCCCAGGAUUGACAGGACUCCGUAACCUUGGCAACACAUGCUAUCUAAACUCUGUUCUCCAGGUCUUAAGCCACUUGGAGGAAUUCCGAGACUUUUUUCGCAAGCAGAUUCAGCCAACACCAAGUAGAGUGACUUCCCCUGAGAGCAGCCCCCAUUCUUUGAUCGGUCGACGAUCCACCUCCACGCCCAUGACUCUCUCACCCAGACCGCCUCACAGUUUCUACUCCAAGUCUGCUAAAUUAUUUAAACGUCAAACCACUAUGGAAUGUUUUGAGCAUUUGAUGACACCUGAGAAAAGUCCACCGACCCCUGUCAAGGAGAGGACAGGGGGACUGCAUGGAGGCUCACAAAUGGUCACACCUGUGAAGGGAAAACCCCUCCCAACUAUGGAAAAGGAAGAUUUCAGAAGUAACAUCUCCCUGUGCCAGGAAUUGAACGGACUGUUCAGAGUGUUGUGGUCCGGGCGGUGGGCCCAGGUCAGCCCCCACGGAUUCCUUCAAGCAGUGUGGCAGAGGAUCCCGACCUUCAAAGGCCACGCUCAACAGGAUGCUCAGGAAUUCCUCUGUGAAUUGAUUGAUAAAGUUCAGAAUGAAAUGCAUGACCUUGACCUUUUUGAUGCAGUGUCAGAUAUGUUUCAAGGUCAACUAGUAAGCCAGGUGAAGUGCCUGGUCUGUAAAAAUGUCUCAGAAACAAGGGAAUCGUUCAUGGACCUCUCCCUGGAAUUCCCACACCGGUACCAGUUCACAAGUAUAAAUGCGAGAAUUGCUCAGGACAUCUGUCACAUCACUGAAAUGUUGUACAAGUUUACUGAAGAAGAGACUUUAGAAGGGAAAAUUUAUCGCUGUGAAAAAUGCAAUGCUCGCAGAAAGUCAAAAUCAUCAAGCCAGACUUAUUCAGAGGCUCACAAAAGACUACUGCUGAAGAAACUGCCAAAUGUGUUAAGACUUCACCUCAAAAGAUUCAGAUGGUCGGGCAGGAACCAUCGGGAGAAGAUCUCCACACAGGUGGCCUUUGAUGAAGUCCUGGACAUAAAACCUUUAUGUGAUAAGUCAGAGGUUGAGGGGGAAGAGAGUUACACUUAUAACUUGAUGGGGGUCAUAAUCCACCACGGGCGGGGCUUUGGGAGUGGUCACUACACCGCCUGCUGCUGGAACGCCGAGGCUAAUUCCUGGGUGAACUGCAAUGAUUCCAAAGUGAAGCUCUGCUCAAAGGAAGAUGUGCUGUUGAGUCAGGCCUACAUCCUUGUGUACACCAAAACUGUCCUGGCACAGUUGUCUCCUCUUAUCUCCUCUGAACCAAGUACUGACUCUACAUACUCCACUGAAUCUAGUAAUUCUGCAGAUGACAGUUUCUCUCGGAAAGUGGACGAUGACAUUACGUUUAAUUUCAAGUCGCCUUUGACUGAAGAAACAGCAGUGAAAUCCCUAAAGCGAAGCCAUGAUUUACAUGCUCUACAGCAGGAACACAGAAUUAUCAAGAGGCGGAGAUCAAAUAUUUGGUAGGAAGUGACAGAAAAAAAAAAAUCUGAGUUACUUCAAUAAUAGAGGAUUCUCUUUGUUUUAUUUCAUCAGUCUAGGCAGCAGACAUUACCCGGUAAUUUUCUGUUACUCAAGGGCAGGGUAAUUUUUUUUUUGUAUGUUUUGAAGUGAUACCUGAUAAUUUUUUUUUUUAUGUUAUGUAUGAGAAGGUUUCAUCGAUUUCAUUGAUACAUUGUCAUUUUACCCCUUGUCUAUAUCCCUUUCUUCUCAUACUCUCAUCCAAUGGCAUUAACUGACUCAUCUGUGAUCUCAGGGAAUUAUACAGCAAGUUUUCUGUCUUUUCUUUUAUUGAUUUCAUUCCUUGAUGUACAUGCAUGAUCAAAUUUUUUAAGAAAUAUUUUUAUAAAGUGAAUUUGUUAUGUUUUACAUUUUGAGCUGAUUCAGUAUUUUGUAAUAUGAAAAUAAAAUUAGAGGACCCCCUUUCCUACCCAUUUCA